AUCACUCUGCCGUUCCGCUAUGGUUGGAUGAAGGACCUGUUUGAAGAGAUCUUCCUGCUGGUGUUUUUCACCCUGACCGGCUACAAGUUCCGGCCGACCAGCGACAACCCCUACCUACAGGUGCCACUGGACAGUGAUGAGGAGGACAUUGAGAUGGAUGAAGU